AGGACUGUAGUCGUAGGUCAACUGUCUCGUCGAUGCUGGUACUGUAGUAGCAAUCGUGGAAAUUCUAAGGCUGUACUAGAGGAAGCGCACACGAAUCGUGCACACACCGCCUUUCCCUUCCCCCCCCUUCUCCACCCCAUUCCCCCCCUCUCCACCACUGGGAAGCCAUUUCUGGGAUGAUGCAGCAGCGGUCCGGCGGCAAGAAAGGGUCGUGGCCGUGGUCGUGGCCUUGGUCGUGGCCGUGGAUUGCAAGCUCGGUCUGGCUCCUGCUGGUUUGUUGCUAUGACUCACCACUGCCGACGAGGCUCGACUACAUGCCUGAAAGGUCCAAACUCCGCACAGACUCGAAUAUCGAGCGCCGAAUGUACUUCCCCCGAUGCCUCCGCGCUCUACAUCGUCCGCCUGCGCUCCGCGCCACCCGUCGCUUCGUACCGCGGCGGAUUGGCCGGCUACCCGGCAACGGCCGUCUGGGACAGCGACCCUAACGGCGAUGCUGUCGACGCCACGUCAGACGACGCCGCCCACGAUCCCCCAGCAGCAGCUCCCGAGUCCCCCUCCUCCUCCUCCUCCUCCUCCUCCUCCUCCUCCUCCUCCUCCUCCUCCUCCUCCUCCUCCUCCUCCUCCUCCUCAUCCCCGGCUAGCAGCAAUGUCGUUGGUGCCGCACCUGAUGCUUCUGUUGCUGCUGCUGCGGCUUACACUAACGGUUUGGGGGGGAUCGGGCGCGUGUUUCGCCGGCCGCGUUUGGACGUGAAGGGCCCGGCCGUGAGGGCGUUCAAGCAGCUGCUGCAGCGCAUGCAGCAGGCCGUGGUGCGGGAGAGCGGGGUGGACCCGGCGAAGGUCGUCUACAGCUACAAGCACACGACGAACGGCUUCUCAGCGACCCUCACCCAAGCCCAGGUCCAGAGGAUGAGGCGCCACCCGUCAGUGGCCUCUGUCACCCUCUCCCGCACCUAUCGCCCCGCCACCACCGACUCGUACAACUUCCUUGAGCUGCCCAGCACCCUCUGGACCGCUGCCAGCACACCCAGUAGCGCUGGUGACGGCAUGGUGAUUGGGAUCAUUGAUACUGGCGUGUGGCCUGAACAUCCCUCCUUUGACGACACGGGCUACAGCAGCACUCUCCCAUCUGGUUGGUCCGGCACGUGUCCCACCACAAGCGACUUCGCCUGCAACAACAAGAUCAUCGGCGGGGGCAUCUUCUACGAAGGGUUUGACCGCAUCAUGGGCGUCAACCUCACCGCAGAUUGGCUGUCUCCCCGGGAUUCUGAUGGCCAUGGCACCUGGGUCGCGGGAGCUGCAGCAGGGAACAGCGGCGUUCAGGUGCCUGAUGUGGGCAGCGCUAGUGGCAUGGCACCGGGAGCACGGCUGGCGAUCUACAAGGUGUUUUGGUCCCCGCAGUGGGAUAUUAGGGCUACCCAAUCAGACCUCUUUGCAGCCGUUGAUCAGGCCGUGGCGGACGGUGUGGAUGUGCUGAGUUUGUCCAUACAGGGGGAGAUUCACACGAAAUUUUAUGAAGACUAUUCAGGGCUUUACUUUGACGACAUUCCUUUCCUCGCUGCUAAUGCGGCCGGGGUCUUUGUAGCCUUCGCAGCGGGUGACUAUGGACCGCCAGACAAUGCGUAUCUUAUUGGUCUGAUUAAUACAAUUGACCAAUUUGCGCCAUUCUACAUGACCUACCAUACUUCGAGGAGGUGUGUCCCUCGCUUCAACAAGACCAACAGCAGCAGCAGCAUUAGGAUGCCCAGCAAACACCACAGCCCCCACAGCCCCUACGUCAUCAUCGUCACCAUUAAAAACAGCGUGCACCGUCUUUACCCUGAACGGGACGCGAAUCCCCCCCACCAUCUCUCCAGCAGCUACCACUGCCCCUACCCUCUUUAAUGAAUCCGCCACCGGCCCUC